AUGCAGUUACAAUUAGGAUUGCCGGUGGAUGGGUCUGCACUCACCGGGUCUGUUCAAUCUGCUGAUUGGGGAGCCAUAUGUUACGAUCUUUUUGGUGCGAUUUCGGAUAAUAUUUAUGGAGGUCGGAUCGAGAUGAGCUGGUUACAAGACACAUUCCCAGAGUCGAGGAAUGAUUCGACUGAAGUAGAAAGAACACGAUAUGCUCGGGCAUACAUCCUUGAGAUGAUUAGAGGUUAUUUGAUGUCAGACUUGUCAGGAAACCUCGUACAUCUGAGGUGGCUGCUAAAACUCGUUGAUUUUAGAGUAUCUGACAAAUUUAGUUUGGGGUCUGCCGUGUUGGCAAUAUUGUACUGGGAGAUGUGCGGGGCGACGCCACCAAAUAAAGCCAAAAUCGGAGUACACAAAUACGUCUCGGCAUUGCUUAAAGCUCCAGAACAGACGCUUGAGCACUUGGCAUCCACGGAGCAAUCAGUCGUUGUAGUAUGCAGGGACCGUUUCAAGGUUUAG